GUUCUCCUUUCGCGGAAUCCAGGCCCCUCAUUCCAGACUUUGAGUUCGAAACAAAGUCUGUGCCUCACCGUCGACCACGUGGAGAGAUUGUUUUCGGAAGCCCAAUAUUGGCGGCGAUUAUCGUCCAUCGAGACGGUGGGGACUAUCUUUCAUGCGUCGCAGGUGGGGGGAAAAAAGACGGCGUUGCAUUUAUCCUGCAAGAAAUGAGGAGCAUCAACAUUCAAGGUGAUGCGAUGGGCGACAGUUUUCGAGGAAGAGGGGCUGCACGAGGUAUUCGUGCUCGACGAUUUGUACCAUAUACAUGUAGAGCCCGUCGACCACGUGGAUCUCGCAUCGCUUCAUACCAUUCCACUAGCUCAGAUGCAGAUCCAUCAGGAUCGGAUGACUCAACGCAGCCUCCCAGUCAUCCAUGGGAGCCACCAUGUCCAACUCCAAUGCCUCCACCCGGGCCGAAUAGAGAAUCAUCACCCAGAAUAGAACCCCCAUCUAAUGGAGACAAUAUCGAUGUGACAUCUCCCACAAUGCCUGUCGCGAAUCAAGAACAGCCCAAACGUAGACGUGGGCCUGCUAAGUGUAUUGAGUUUGAGAAAGCGAGAAAGUACGGGAAAGUGCUUUUGAAGAUUAAUGAAGGUGAAACAGCCCCGUGCUGCGAGAACGCAUCCAUGUUCACCACACGGGUAUCACAAAUAGUAAAACAACAUUGCGACAUGAGUUAUGCGAGGUGGACUGAUGUGCCUGAUGCAGAAAAGAACGAGUUGAUCGAACGUGUGAGGGGUGACUUCGUGUUGGAUUGGGAUCAGGAGAAUCAUAGAUUGGCCGUCUUGAAGCAGUUGCGUAAGCGGUUCAAUGCAUUUCAUCACGAAUUACACAAAAAAUAUUUAUCGUACGGCAGUCACUCAGAAGCAUUGGCUUCUGGGUGUACCAUGGUCAAUGACAACGUUUGGGUUAAGUUGUGUGAGAGGUGGGGAACCGACAACUUCAAGAAAAUCUCAGCACAAAAUCGGGAGAAUAGAAAUAGGCAAACUGUUAACCACACAACUGGCCGCAAAUCGUUUGUGAGGAUGUUGGAGGAGAAGCGGGCUACGAAUGCGAAUUUGGUGGAGUUCUAUAAGGAGACCCGAUGGUCAAAGAAGAAUGGUAGAUUUGUCACCACAGCCGCUGAAGACACUUAUAAGGAGAUGAUUGGCAAGAUGGAUGGUCUAGCGCCUGAACAACGCACCGAUGAGGCAGCUGCGAGUGUUUUUAGGGAGGUACUUGGUCAGAGACCAGGAUACGCAAGGGGGCUAGGCGAGAUGGUCAUCCCGGAGUCGACAAGACAACGGGACCGUGAACGAGAAAGAGAGUACCUUGCGUUAAUUGAAAAACAUAAGAAAGAUGCCGACAAUUAUAUGAAAGAUGCCGAAGUUUACAAGACGCAGCUUGAUGAAGUGAAGGAUGAAUUGCGAGAACUUCGUGAGAGGCAAAAUGAAACUGAUAAGAUGAUGAGGAUGUUCUUCUUCAAUUUCCAUCCUUCCCCUGGGUCUCUCCAUUCUUCUGGAGAGACCCAGUGAACCUUGGUUUUGAAAGGAGGGAAGGGCUUUUUUGUAUAUUUUGGGCAGUUUUUGGAUGUGAAAGAUCGUGGGUG